CAGGCGGAGUUUCCAAUCACCACCGGAGAAACAUCAUUCUCUUGCAGGAAAACACACAGAGCUUGUUAGGGAGACGUGAGGAUGGGCUCUGAGAUCUGUGACCUCCUCUCACAACAUUAAUAACUCCACCGGGACCAGGAGGAUACAGGCAGGGAUGCCUUCUCACAUCAUCUUGUCUCCAUGACUCUGUCUUAUGGAUGCUCCUCUCUCAUCAGCACAACUUUCUGCUUCCUCGAGGCUUGAAAGAAUACAAGGUGCCUGUUGCUUAUGAAGGAACGUUGCUUGCGGGGCGACCUGGUCUUUGGGUUCCAGCUGCCUUGUAGAUAACCUGGCCAUAAGAAUUGUUCUUGAUGUGACAAAAUGGAAUCGAUGUAAAGAAGGACAACGCAGGCUUCUCGUGAAUAAUCCAUUAGGGGCUGUAAAUUAUCUCAAUUAUAUUCGCUCUGAAGGAAUUGAACAGAAGCAGUCGGUCCUGUACCCAGUUUGGUUUUGAUGUCCCUCUGCUUCCAGUCGGCUACAACCUUCCCCAAAGGCUGUUAUCCUUCCCUGGAGGACGGCUACAAGACUCUGCGUUGCAGCAAUGCCCAGCUCACAGAAGUUCCCCGAGACAUUCCCAAUGACACUAAUCGUCUUUACUUAGAUUUCAACCAGAUCGCCUACCUCCCCCCGGACGCUUUCCGCAAUCUCCCUGUUCUUAUAGAGCUGGACCUUUCCCAUAAUUCUUUGGGACAACUGGACGCCACGUCCCUAAGGGGUCUGACUGACCACUUGCACUCAUUGGAUCUGUCUUCCAACAAGCUGGUGUCUGUCAGAAAGGAGGUCUUUGCUAACCUGAAGGCCCGUACAAACCUAUCGGGCAACCCUUGGAUGUGUGACUGCGAACUUCAAGAGUUGAUCCGAUUAGUGGAUUUGGACCCUGGUUCAUCCAGUGCAAUUGUCUGUGCUACCUCCGUGCAAGAGGAGCACGCUGGCAAACCUUUUCUACAGGUGGUGAAAGAGGUGGACCUGUGCAAUGUUUACAAGAGAACCACGGACAUAGCCAUGCUCGUCACAAUGUUUGGGUGGUUUGCCAUGGUCAUUUCCUACCUGGUGUAUUAUGUACGUCAGAACCAAGAAGAUGCCCGGCGCCACCUUGAGUACCUCAAAUCCCUGCCAAGUAAGCAGAGGAACUCUGAGGAGCCCUCCACUCUAAGUACUGUUGUUUAAAUUAGGUUUUAGAGUCUUUGUUAACACAGACCACUCACAUGAUGGAUAACUUCUGCUAAUUUAUAAUUUUAAUACUGAGUAAUGCCUUCACUUUGGCAAGCAAGUCAAUGUAUUGCUGCUCAACAUGGCCUUCACUGGUGUCAGGAGAACUUCGAUAGAAAAGAUUUGCCAAUGUCUUUAUGUCUCACUUUAUAUAUUUCGACUGCCUUUACAUGAUAUCUGCUGUUUAUUACAUGUGUCGGCCGUUUUCCAGGUCAUCCAGGUGAUGUAAAACAUGAAGGAUGUGACUUAGGAAAGGGAGGUAGAGAGAGAACAAACGAGGCAGGAUUAAGAAACGCGUGGACCUUGGGCAGGUCUAUACCUACAGCUUCCCAAGAGCCCAUACAAAGCCCCAGCAAGAACCCAGAUUAAGUCAUCUAUCCAUAGUACAAGCCAUAGUAGAUAAACUGCAUUCUACAACAUCUGCUUCACUCCAACAUAUCUAACGCAACUUGAGGAAACAC